AUCAUCCUGCCCAGCACACGACAAUUGCUAGGCCUGUCUUCCUUCAUCUGCUGACGGGGGUAUGAUGACUGCAUGUCUAGACGGCGACAGCUAAGCUCUGCUGGCAAUGUCGCUCUCCGACGUCGCCGCGGACCUCGAUGCUGCUGGGUAUCGCCGCGACAGACCAUGGCUCCUUGCAUCGAACCGCAAGCUACGACAUCUACACGGUGUAUCGGUCCGCAACGUAGUCGUCGUCAACUCGAGCAGCAGCAGCAGCAGCAGCACACGACCGCGUGGUAAGACUAUUGAUGACGACGAAAUCCCGAAUACUCUACAGUCUCCGUCGAAGAUUCUGUCGCUCAGUGAAAAGCAUGCUGUGCAUCAUUCGCGGUCCUACACGGAUCUCCCCAGGGUGAAUGGUGGGAGCCACGAGAAUCGGAAGCUUGAACGCCAGGGAUCACGUCGCAGAAGAAGCACACUGCCUUGGAACGACCCUAACCCACACAGCAGACAGAUUAAGCUGGAGGAAAUCACAAAAAGUAGAAUGGCAGACGCCUGGUUCUCUAUCCAUUGCGACGGUAUCGAGUCUCCGGUCUAUGUCAGCGAAGUCGUGGAGAAGUCCACGAACCCCAGCUUCCGAUCCUUUGAUGUGAAUAUGUGCGGGCCAUUGGUAUCCAGGCUGGACCAUUUCACAUUGAAGCUGUGGGCAAAAGCUGCUACGAUGAACGAGUACGUGCUGUUGGUAGAGCUACAGCUAUACCUGCAGUCGCUGCAGUUCCUGGGCAAAUCGCUGGACAAUUUUCAUCACCCGUUACCGAUAAAUUGCAUACUGUUUCAUUUCUCAGAUGGUGUGUACACCAAUUUGACCGAUCUCCCCCCGGUUUGGGCUCCGCCGUCUAUCGAAGACCUGAAGUCCACGUCUCUUCGCGAUGGUGCCCUGCCCACGUCGUCGUAUGAUGCGCUGAUGCGUCUGGCGAAUUUGGAUGAGUGCGUUCAAGACGCCCUUGCGACGCGGGAGAGGUUGGAGUCGCAGAUAAAGUCAAUCCUUGAGAAAAACCGGCAAGCGCUAGACACUAUCAGCUGUGUUUCUCGAGCACGGGAUAAGCUGUCGCUCGCCAAACAUGCCGUCAUGGUCCAGAAGAAACAACUCCGUGCUACGGUCCGGCAUAAAGAGGGGCUUUUGGCCAGCCUCCGGGCAAGGAAGGAAGCUAUGGAACGUGGCCGUCUUACGCAGGAAAAGGCCCGUAGCCACCUCCCCGAUGCGCGGUCGAAGCUGGCCUCAAGCGCAAAGCUGUUAGAGAAGGCCACGGAAGACUCCCGGGGUCAACUCCGGCGCAUUUCUGAAGACCUGCUCGCCAUCUACCCCAUCGAGCCGAUUCCCGGCAAGCCACUGGCCUUCACUAUUACCGGCCUUGCUCUACCAAAUUCUACGUUUACUGACAUUGACCGUGACUCGGUUGCCGCCGCCGUUGGGUACACUGCACACUUGGUCUACUUGCUGUCGUUGUAUCUAUCCGUUCCCCUUCCAUAUCCCAUUAGCCCUUAUCUUUCGAAUUCAUCGAUACAAGACCCCAUUUCUCUUUCGUUGCCGCAGAGGACCUAUCCUCUCUACCCGGUGAACGCCAGCUAUAGAUUCGAGUACGGCGUGUUCCUCCUCAACAAGGACAUCGAGUUUCUGAUGAGCAAGCAAGGACUUCGAAUUCUUGACAUCCGCCACACCCUUCCCAACUUGAAGUAUCUUCUGUACGUCCUCACUGCAGGUUCGUCCGAAAUUCCCGCCAGAAAGGCCGGUGGGAUUCGCGGACUCUUUCCCGGUCGCCUGACGCCCGGCGUAUCGCGACGCGGAAGCGAAGAUAGCGUGGAAUCGGUCUAUUCCAGGAAAGUGGUAGGGUUCAAUACCAAACCCAACGAUGGUACCGCCACUGUGGACAAGGGGAAGAGGCCGGAAACUCCGUUGGAUGCUACCAGUUACGCCCGGGCUCCCUCUUCGUCCCGCGUGGCUUGAGAUAGACGGAUUGGAUUACCUUGGGAGCCAGCUGUACGAUGGUUGUAUGCUCUGGAAAUUUUACUCAUUCAGGAUGGCGUUGUGGCGCCCACUAUAUCUUUGCAUAACCGCAGAAUACCUGAUUAAUGAAGGCCAUGUUUCUUUUCUCUGAUCUGGGCGUUGACGUUUCCACCGUACAUGAUUGGCUCUGGCCGUAAGCUAUGGCCUGCAGAUAUCUCUGAGAGCGAUAAAGAUUGACAACAGCGUAGCAUCGCCGGACCCCUGUGUCGCUGGGGGCAUCAUCUGCUUCCAGGAGCGCCGUAGGACCCUGAUCGACAGGCGUGUUCUGUUCGUGAAGCAGGGCCGUUUGACGCGGCGCGGGAGACGUUCAGACGCUCUGAGCGACGAGUCCAGGCAGGAUCCAGCAGCGCGAUUCACGCUUCUACCCCGCAUUGCAGCGUAUUAUUAUCCUUUAUCUUAUAUCAUAUCCAUAUUUAUUAUACCUCGAGGGCUUCUGGAAGACUGCCGUGGUCUUCGAUCCAUCCUGUGUGGACUGACUUCCCCCGACGCGUCAGCGAAAGAACGAGUAGAGCAAUAAAGAACAGAAGGAAAAGCAAA